AUGGAGAAUGAGGGGAUUGAACCAAACUUGAUUAUGUCGAAUGUUUUGGUUAAUGCAUUUGGAACUGCUGGAAGCACAUGGAAGCUCUCUCUAUUUAUCAUCAUAUUAAAGAAACUGUAUGUCUAUCUUAUUCGUGCGAUUAAACUUCUAGGAUACACCCCUGAUGUGGUUACCUAUAGUACACUUAUGAAAGCAUUCACUCGACCAAAGAAGUAUGAAAAGGGAAAUGGAAGCUUUUGGGUGUACGGUAGAUCAGAAAGCAAGACAGCUAUUGCAAAAUGCUUUUAUGGUUCUUGA